UCUCCCACAUUCUUCUUCGCAAUUACUCAGUUGACAAUGAUAACUACUUCAAGUUUGUGUUCAAACCCACUUCCCAAAUUCCUUUACACUUUUUAAGUCUCACUCUUUUCUUUUCCAAAAAGACUCAAUCUUUUUUCAAACAAAACCAUCAAGUUUCGAUCUUUGCUUUGCUUUGGAACCGUUUCUCAGUUUUUUUCUACAUAAACAACACAAAUUUUCAAUCUUUGAGUCAGACCCAGAAUUUUUUUUAUUACUUUCUUGUUGUAAAUUUCAUGGAUUUCUACAGUUGCAUUGCUAGAAGAACUCGUUCUGGGACAGACUUGUACUUCAGAACAAUCUCUCAGGGUAGUUCCAGUGCGAGAAGAGCUUCGUCAAGAGGGAGUGAUUCUCGGACCAAUGUGGAAGAUAGAGCAUCUGGGUGUGGAUCAGCAUCGAAUUCAGAGGUAAGAAAGAGUGGAAGGAAGAGAAAAAAAGUUACUUUUUAUGAACCCGAUGAUGAGGAUGAUUGUCUGUUUGUUGGUGAGGGAGAGAGUAGGGAGGAACAGGGGGAUUCUGUUUUGUUUGGUUCUCAAUUGAGGACUGAGAAAGCCAAAAAAGGUAGAUUUGGGUCUAGUGUAGAUGGCCCAGGUGGAUUGUUUGGAGAGAAAGAUAUGGAGGAUGGGGAUGAUGAUAAAGUAGAGGUUAUUGUUAUAGAUGAAAGUGAUGGUAGUAGCAGUGAGGAUGACUUUUAUGGUUAUGAGAAUUCAGGAGAUGAGAUAAGGUCUGAGCCUGAUUCAGCAGCGGCGGCCUUUGGUGAUGAAAACGUUAUCAAUGUUGAUGGGGAGCCAUUUGAGAUGAAAAAAGGAGCAUAUGAGAAUUCAGGAGAUGAGAUAAGGUCUGAGCCUUACUCCGCGGCGGCUUUUGGUGGUGAAAACUUUAUCAACGUUGAUAAGGAACCAUUUGAGAUGAGAGAAGGUGGUUAUGAGAAUUCAGGAGAUGAUAUAAGGUCUGAGCCUUGUUCGGCGGCGGUGUUUGGUGGUGAACACGUUAUCAAUGUUGAUGGGGAACCAUUUGAGAAGAAAAAAAGUGCUUAUGAGAAUGCAGGAGAUGAGAUAAGGUAUGAGCCUUAUUUGGCAGCAGCUUUUGGUGGUGAAAACUUUAUCAUUGUUGAUAAGGAACCAUUUGAGAUGAAAGAGGGUGCUUAUGAGAAUUCAGGAGGUGAGAUAAGGUCUGAGCCUGAUUCAGUGGCAGUGGCUUUUGGUGGUGAAAACGUUAUCAAUGUUGAUGUUGAACCAUUUGAGAUGAAAGAAGGUGCUUAUGAGAAUUCCGGAGAUGAGAUAAGGUCUGAGCCUGAUUUGGCAGCGGCUUUUGGAGGUGAAAAGGUUAUCAAUGUUGAUGGGGAACCAUUUGAGAUGAAAAAAAGUGCUUAUGAGAAUGCUGGUGAUGAGAUAAGGUAUGAGCCUUAUUUGGCAGCGGCUUUUUGUGGUGAAAACUUUAUCAUUGUUGAUAAGGAACCAUUUGAGAUGAAAGGAGGUCUUUUCGAGAAUCCAGGAGGUGAGAUAAGGUCUGAGCCUGAUUCAGUGAAGGCGGCUUUUGGCAGUGAAAACGUUAUCAAUGUUGAUGCUGUACCAUUUGAGAAGAAAGAAGAUGCGUAUGAGAAUUCAGGAGAUGAUAUAAGGCCUGAACCUGAUUCUGCGGCAGCUUUUGGUGGUGAAAAGGUUAUCAAUGUUGGUGAGGAACCAUUUGAUAUGAAAGAAGCUGUCGAAAGUAUUGAUCUUACCAAAGAUGAUGAGAAUGAUGACUUUGAUGACUUUGAGUUAAUUGGAAGAGCUGGAAUUGGUAGCAGGCUGUGGAAAUCAGAUCCUGCUGGAUUGGAAAGCUUUGGUUUGGAGAGUCCGAUGGUGUCCAAAUGGAUUUUUGGUGAAAGUAGUUGUGUGACUCCCGUUGAAAAGAAGUUUGAAUCAUUGCGUGAUAAAGGGAAGAAUGUGUUGGAAAAAGAUGGUGGAAAUGACCAAGAUGUUUCAGGGGUGUCUCCAAUGCCUUCAAAAGUUGGUGAGAGUAGUUUUGAAAGCUUUGAUUUGACGAGUCCAGUAGUGUCCAAAGGUAAAGCUAAUGGUAAUAAUCGUGAAAAAAAGGAGUUUGAAUCACUGGGGAAUGAUAAAGGGAAAAAGGCGAUGGAGAGUGAUGGUGGGAAUGGCCAAGAUGUUUCAGGAGUGUCUCCAAUGCCUUCAAAAGUUGGGGAGAGUCCGUUGGAAGUCAGUGAGAGUGAGAGUAGUUCUGAAAAGGAUUCUGAUAUUUUUUCGUCUUCGAGUAGUAGCGAUGAUGAUGAUAGUCAAGAUGAGGAUUAUAAGGUGAAUAAGGUGGAUUACACAACUAGUGAGGAUGAGGGUUUGUCAUUUGAUGAUGAUGAUGAUGAAUUAUCUGAUUUCGUUGAAGAAAAUGUUGCUGACAGUAGGAAUGAGAAGGAAGCAAGUGUGUGUAAAGAGGAUGAGAAGAAAAGCAAUCAGCUUGAGCCUCCUUUGAAGAAACGUAAGUUUUCUAGUAGGGAGAAUGAGGCAGAGGUUGUGACUGAUAACAAAGACAUGGGUGCUCCCAUUGUAGAGGAGGAAAAAGAUAAAGGUGUUGCAAUGGACGAGUGCGUGGAGGAGAGGGAAAAGGAGCACGAGGUAGAGAAUCAAGCCAGCACAUUCUAUGAAAAGAAUGAAGAAACUGGAGAUGAAGGUGCUGCAAUGGGCGAGUGCAUGGAGGAAGUGGAAAAGGAGGUUGAGGCAGAGAAUGAAGCCAGCCCAUUUUGUGAAAAGAAUGAAGAAACUGGUGAUGAUAGUGCCACAAAGGAAGAGUGCAGCGAGAAGGAGGUUGAGGCUGAGAUUGAUGCCAGCUCAAUUUGUGAAAAGAAUGUUGAAACUAGAGAUGAUGGCUUCACCGAUGAAGUUUGUGGGAACAAGGAAGAGGAGGAGGAGAUUGAGGCAGAUUACGAAGCCAGCUCAAGUUGUGAAAAGAUUUCUGAAACUAGAUAUGAUGGUGGCACAGUGGAAGAGCGCGGAAAGGAGGAUGAGGGUGCGAAGGAAAGGUGCAGGGAGAAGGAAGAGGAAAAGGAGGUUGAGACCAGCUCAAUUGGUGAAAAUAAUGGUGAAACUAGAGACGAUGGUGCCACAAAGGAAAUGUACUGGGAAAGGAAAGCUACUAAGAGGGUUGGUGUGCCUUUUUUUUCUGGUAGGGAAAGGAAAGCUACAAGGGUUGGUAUGCCUGUUUUUUCUAGUAAGGAAACUGAGAAGAAGCAGCGGUUAGUCACUCGGUCUUCAGUGAAGAGGAUUAAAAUUCCUGGUGAGAAAAGUAAUUUGUCUGGUACUGGCCGUCCCACUGCAGCAUCUAGAGAGAACAUUAAGAAAGUAUAUGGCUCAACGGCCACUGCAGCAUCUAGGGAGAGCCUUAAGAAAGUAUAUGGUUCAACUAAGACUGCUAAGGAGGUGGAGGAGGGUGAUUCAAGAAAUGAUGAAUUCAUUGUUGGCAGGGCGGAGAAGGCACAAAAGUCUCUGCAUUCUUCAACUAAAUUCUCUGAGGAGAGCAAGAAACAGGAAUGGCAAGAUGAACAGGAAGAGGAAGAGAAGGGGAAGGGGGAUAAAAUAGGUCCAGAAGGUAGAGACUUUAGUUGUAAGAGAAAGGGAGCUGGUGGGCUGAAAGAUACGAAUAUUUUCAGACUUCUUCUUGAUUCCAUUACAGAAAAAGGAGAGGCUAUUACGGAUCAUUUAGUGUCUUCUGAUGAAGAGACUACUAAUGAAGAAGAUACUACUAAUAGACCUAAAGCUGCAGAUGCACAGCCACUUCCUCUGAAGUUUACUUUUGGUGUUGAAGAGCCUGAAACAUUGGAGAAAUCAGAAUCUGAAAAAGAGUUGGAUAUGUUGUGGGCUGAGAUGGACUUUGCUCUCAAGUCCCUUGAAAUUGGUUCCUCUGUGGUUGAGGACGAGGAAAUGAAUGAAGUAGAAAAUGGAGCAAAUUUGGAAACCCUUUGUAAGCAUGACUUAAUCCUGGAUGAGCAAAUUGGAAUAAAAUGCAGAUUUUGUUCCUUCAUAAUGCUUGAGAUUAGAUAUGUGUUGCCACCUAUGGCAAAGUUUGCUUCCGAAGGAUUGGGCAGGAAAAGUUCAUAUAGUGGGGAGAAUGUCUCAAUGUUUGAUGGGGUUCAACUUCAAGAUUUGAGUAGUAAUCCUGGAGACUCAUUCAACCAAACAAAAGGGACAAUAUGGGACAUCAUCCCCAAUAUUAAAAGUAGCAUGUAUCCACACCAACAGGAAGGUUUUGAGUUCAUAUGGAAGAACUUGGCAGGAACCACUGAAGUUGAAAAGUUGAAGAGUUCUGAUCCUGAUAAUGUUGGUGGUUGCAUUAUUUCACAUGCCCCUGGAACCGGUAAAACCCGGCUAACCAUUGUUUUCCUCCAGACGUAUUUGGAAAUGUUCCCAAAAUGCCGCCCAGUAAUUAUUGCUCCGGCCAGCCUACUUCUCACUUGGGAGGAAGAGUUUAAAAAAUGGAACGUUGGAGUUCCAUUUCACAACCUGAACAGCCUGGAGUUCUCAGGAAAGGAGAGUGCGGUUGUUGUCAAAUUUCUGGACAGAAGUAGGCACCAAAGCCAAAACAAGAAUGACAUUCGCAUGGUAAAAUUGUUCUCCUGGUGUAAGGAUAAGAGCAUACUAGGGGUUAGCUACAGUUUGUAUGAAAAGCUUGCUGGAGAAAAAUUCAGAAAGGAUGAUGGAACCAAGAAGAGAAGUAAGGUUAAGAGGGAAACAGAAACUGAAGAUUUGAGGAACUUUCUGCUUGACUUGCCAGGCUUGUUAGUUCUUGAUGAAGGUCACACACCUAGAAAUCAAAGGAGUAGCAUUUGGAAGGUUCUCUGUGAACUUCAAACCAAAAAGCGGAUCAUCCUCUCAGGGACUCCUUUCCAAAACAAUUUCCUCGAGCUCUAUAAUACAUUGUGCUUAGUAAGGCCAGGAUUUGCAGACACAACCCCUUCAAACCUUAAAAAACUCUGCCAAAGGAGACUGAUGAGAGAAAAAAGAGUCAAGGGAGAGGUACUAGAUUCCACCAGCAAUUCAACAGGCAGUCUUGCUGAUGAGGAAAUAAAGCAGUUCAAAGCACUUAUGGCACCAUUUGUUCAUGUACACAAAGGUAGCAUUCUUCAAAAGAAUCUUCCUGGACUGAGAGAUUGUGUGGUGGUUUUGAAUCCACCGGAUUUGCAGAAGCGGCUGCUAGAGGGCAUUCGAGGUACCUCAAACACAUUUGAAUUUGAACAUAGGUUAGCGUUGGCCUCUGUCCACCCUUCUCUGUUUCAGUGCAUGUCUUUAACCAAGAAAGAAGAAUCCAUCCUUGACCAGGAUUGGUUGGAAAGGCAAAGGCUAAAUCCUAAUGAAGGCGUUAAAACCAGAUUUUUAAUGGAGUUUGUUCGACUGUGUGAUACGGUUGAUGAAAAAAUUCUGGUGUUCAGCCAAUUCAUUGAUCCAUUAUGUUUGAUAAUGGACCAACUAAAUUCACUUUUAAAUUGGUGUGAAGGGAGGGAAUUGCUGUAUAUGCAUGGUAAACUAGAUCAAAAGACUCGCCAAUUCAUGAUAAAUAAAUUCAAUGAUCCAAACAGUGAAGCAAAAGUAUUGCUAGCUUCGACAAAGGCAUGUUCUGAGGGCAUCAAUUUGGUAGGUGCUUCAAGGGUUGUUCUGCUUGAUGUUGUUUGGAAUCCGUCUGUAGAGAGGCAAGCAAUAAGCAGGGCAUAUAGAAUUGGCCAAAAGAAAGUGGUCUAUACUUACCAUCUCAUCACACGGGGGACUACAGAAUGUGACAAGUAUUGCAAACAGGCUGAGAAAGAUCGUCUAUCUGAGUUGGUGUUUUCUUCUGAGAUGGUGGUUUCUUCUACCAACAAGGAAAAUGACAAGCAAAAGAGUCCGGCUGUAGUUUCAGAUGAUAAAGUACUGGAUGAGAUGAUACGGCAUGAUAAGCUCAAAGAUAUGUUUGAGAAGAUCAUCUACCAGCCAAAGGAGUCAGAUUUAGUUGAAAGUUUUGGUUCUAUGGUUCUUCCAUGAAAAUAGUUGAAUCUUAUGAUGCCCUUCAAUUAAGAUCGUUGGGGACCCAGCCUACUUGUCUUGGAACAGAAAUCCAGCAGGAAAUAUGAAUUAUAAUAUGUCUGAUUUGCAAAUGUUUUACUUUUGAACUGUCAUACUAGGUCGAGCCUUAUGAUCUGUUUAGAUUGAGGGAGAGAGAGGGGGAGUAGAGUAGAGUAAA